GGAGAGAGAGUGUGGGAGAGAGGGAGGGAGGAAGGGAGGCAGAGCCCCUCUGAGCGCGGAUCGGGGCCGGGCGGCCGCGGCUGAGACCUCUUACAGCUCCCGGCCCCGCUGUGGGUGUGCGCGUAUGUGGGAGGGGGAGAAAGAGAGGCUCCUGGUGCCACUCCAAGCGCAUUAAGGACACUUGGGCCUUUUAAUUUUAGGAAUGAAUGCUGAUACUUGUGUUUCUUAUUGUGAUCCGGCUGCCAUGGAUUCCUACUACAACGCAGCCUCCCAGGGCGCAGACGGCUCCUCGCCUUUUAGGGCAUUUCAAGCGAGUGACAAGUUCGGCCCCGCUUUCCUGGCCGCCAAAGGACAGAGCUUCGGUGACAGCGGCGCGAAGUGCCGGAGCCGCUACAGCCCGCAGGAAUGCCCGUCCCUGGACGGCAGCGGGCAGGCGCCGGGCCCCGCCGCGCCCCCGCCCGCCUUUAGCAAAUACCCGCAGCCCCAGCAGCAGCCGCCGCACCUCUACAUGCAGCGCGGCCCCUGCAAGACCCCCCCGGAGAGCAACCUCAAGCUGCAGGAGAGCGGCGGCCACAACGGAGCCCUGCAGGUCUCUUGUUACGGUAAAGAAAGCAGCUUGGGAGAGGCUGACUUGCAGCCAAACGCUGACCCCUCGGGCAUGGACAGCAGCUACCUCAGCGUGAAGGAGGCUGGAGUGAAAGUCCCUCAGGACAGAGCCAGCACGGACCUCCCCAGCCCCAUGGACAAGGCAGACUCGGAGAGCAACAAGGGCAAAAAACGGAGGAACCGUACCACCUUCACUAGCUACCAGCUGGAGGAGCUGGAAAAGGUCUUCCAGAAGACCCACUACCCUGAUGUCUAUGCCAGGGAGCAGCUAGCCAUGAGGACAGACCUCACCGAGGCCCGAGUACAGGUCUGGUUCCAGAAUAGACGAGCCAAAUGGCGCAAGCGGGAGCGGUUUGGCCAGAUGCAGCAGGUCCGGACCCACUUUUCCACUGCCUACGAGCUGCCUCUGCUCACCCGUGCUGAGAACUAUGCCCAGAUCCAGAACCCCUCCUGGAUUGGCAACAACGGAGCCGCCUCCCCUGUGCCCGCUUGUGUCGUCCCCUGCGAGCCGGUGCCGUCCUGCAUGUCCCCCCACGCGCAUCCCCACGCGGCUGGCGGCGUCUCCGACUUCCUCGGUGUCUCCGGAGCCGGCGGCCACGUGGGCCAGACUCACGUUGGCGGCCUCUUCGGCACGGCCGGCAUCGGCCCCGGCCUCAACGGCUACGAGCUGAACAGCGAGCCGGACCGCAAGAGCUCCAGCAUCGCGGCCCUGAGGAUGAAGGCGAAGGAGCACAGCGCCGCGAUCUCCUGGGCGACAUGACAGGGCUGCCGCCCAGCGCCUCGGCACACCGCGAGAGCCAGUGGGGAAGCCGGGAGCCCGUCCAGCCGGGACUCCAGCCAGCCCUUGCCUCCUCGGGGAUGUGAAAGCAGCACUUUGAGCUACCCUAGGUGUAUAGAGGACGUGCGUUAAAGUAAGUGGCGUGUGCCCAGCACAGACAUGGGAGGUCCUGGCCUCCUGGCACCAGGUCGGGGCUGUGCGGCAGUGCUGCUGCCGCCUGCUCCGGGGGUGUCCUCUGCUAUCGCCACUGCCUCCUCUAGGACUUGGAUGUCUUUUCUCCCCGAUCCUUUUUCUGACACCAGAUCUGCCUUUCUGGAGAGCAAGAGCCCUCCAGAAUCUCCAGAGGCUCCCCUGUCCCUCCACACAUACAGCUCUUCACUCCUCAGAACCCAUCUGCCUUGCGCAGGGGAUGGGACAAGGACUCUGGCACCAGCAAAGAGACGCUCUUCAGGCUGCUCCUGCCCCGUGAGAGCCAUGGCUGAAUGGGGCGAGGGGGUACUCAAGGUCAGAAAGGUGGUGGUGCUAUCUCACCUUCUUCCACCCAGCAGGAGAUCAAGCAUGGAGCUUGGGGGCCUCUUGUGUGGGCACAGUGCUGCCACGUUGCUGUUCUCGAUGGCUCUCCAGCCAUCCAGCUAGAGAUGUGCAUAUGAAGUGAUUGGCUCUGCUGGCCCCAUGCAGAAGGUCACACCCCCAUGAGCACUUGGCGUUUGCUCUGUUAUAGUUGUGGUUCUUGUGCCAUAGCAAAACAUGUUCUGUAGUUUUUACAGGGCCAGGAGUCCAGGACCCCAAAGAGGUACAGCUUGAGCGGAGCACAGACAGGGCUGUGUGAUGGCAUCCUCUCAUUGUCCCUGGCCAGCACUGUCUCUCUCCCAUCACCUCUCAUUCUCUGCUUCCCCAAAACCACCUGCCAGCACCUACCCACAGCUCCCCAAGCGACAGAGGGAGGGCCAAGGAUUGUGGAUAAUGGCAUUGCUCCAUCUCUGGCCCCUCCAGUCCCCCCUCACCUAGCAGAAUGAAGGAAACACCAGAACUUGCUCUCUCUCUUGAAGUCCCACCCAUGGUUUUCUCCCUAUGUGUUCCCACUUGCACAACUCUGUUAGUCUCCUCUGCAAGGCUACACCUCUCUCAAGCCAUUCGAUGGCAUAAUAAAUAGCACCAAGUAUGAUUUCAGUUUCCUUCUGCCCCACCAAAGGUCACCUGCAGCCAUAGCGCACAGCUCACGAGUGGAACUCCAGCUUGAUGAGCAAGAGAAGUGCAGGGUUUUGCCCCUUACAGCCAUCACCUCACACUCCAUCCCAUCUAGGUGCAGGGAAAUCUGGAGGCCCUUCAAAGAGCUGCAAACAGGCUACAACCAAAUGUCACGAUGCAGGUUAACUGCAUGCCAUAUAAAAAUAUAUCUACAGUGCCUUGAUAUUGCCAUAUGCAACAUGGAUGAUUACAUCAGUGCUAGAUCAAAUGUACCACAUACUUAAUAGAAUAUGGAAAGACAUGUAGUGCUGUAUCUUGUCUCUGUAAAUACGCUGAGAUGCCUGGCUCAGUGCACCUUGGGAACAACAUGCAGUCAAGCUGACUUUGUGGGUGACCUGGGCUUUUCUACUGAAGCAAACCAUACUCAUGUCCCAGCCUGAAUGUUCAGCUGAGUUAUCCGACUAAAAAUGUGCUUCAGGUGCUAAAAAUGAUAGAGAUUACUGAAUAGCUCUGGAUCACUGCCCUAAUCUCUCUUUUUCUGCAUGCACUGGCAAUAAUGUUACAGUUUAAAUUGCAAUGAACACCACCAUUUACCUUACCCCUGACUUCCUUGCAAAGAGCCCUUUUCCCACAAUGCAGAGGGAAAGGUGCUUUUCCACUGCAGUGCUCAGCCCCCAGAACUGAGCAGUGUGCAGCAGGUUGAAAGGGUGCAUGGGGAUGGAUGCUGCAAGGGUGUGGGUACUGCUGGCUGUCCCACUGGGUGGCCAUGGCCAUGCUGGGGCUUUGCUGCACUCUGCUGAAGCUGAAGGGCAUUCCUUCCUCAACUCUCACAGGACCAGGAUUUCACCCAGGAUGCAUAACAGCUCAUGAGAUGAAGAGCAUCAUCCUCUCUUCUUUGUGCGCUGGCCUCUGACAACCCUAAUCACUGCCAGGUGUGCCCAGCCCUGAGCUGCUGGGUGCACUGCAAGUGCAGAGCUCUGCUCCCAUGCCCCGUUCACCUGCAUAGCUCCUCUGCAUCUGCCAACCUGCUGCACCAUCCCACCAGCAACAGCCUGGGCAUGCAAAGAUGCAGGCAGGUCUUCAGCUGUGUGCAUCUGUGCUUACACACACCUUUUUAAAUUAAUUUAAUAGAUUUUUUUUUUUUUUAAACUAGCUGUUAAAUUAACAAGAAAAGCUGUAUAUAUAUAUAUAUACACACACACUUAGAUAUGUGUGUGUGUAUAUAUAUAUCAUCUAAGCCAACCUGCAUUUUUAAGGGUCACAGGGUUCAUGCUGUUCUUGCAAUUCAAGCUACCACAAGGAUGCCUUUUAAAAUAAUAAUAAUUAUUUUAAUACUUUUCAACUCUAUUUAUGACUUUCUUCUCUAUUUAUUUCUUCUUUCUUUAGUAUUUCACUCCUGUCCAUACAUAGAGUUGCAGUUCCCUGGCUGGGAUUUAGAUGGCUGUGAAGCUGCAAGUUUUGCCUUCCAUUCCCCAGCCAUGCUGUAUCCUUCAUGGUGCAGCACUGAGCCCCUGCUCCCUGAGCUCCUCUGCUCCCAAGCUGCCCUUUUCAGUCUUGCAGAGGGAGCAAAGGAGUCUGUCUUGCAUUGCCCAAGGCUGGAAACACACAAGACAUCCCAGAUUUUGGGGCUAGGAAUGGCAAGCAGGGAGAGCAGCACAGUUCCCAACAGGGGUUGACCCAUAGCCAGGUGCUGCUGGUUGCAAAGCGCCCAGAACAGUUGUGCAUACAUCAGUGGCAGCAGCUGCAAGCCAGUGGUGAGCAUCCCAAGGCUUCCCCAGUUUCUGUCCCCUCAGCCUUUUAACUCCUCUGAGCAUCUCCUGCUAUUUGUGCUGGAGCACAUCUGGCCUGUUACAUCGGCAGGGGCACCGCAGCAAAACCACCCGCAUGGACACCCAGUGUGCACGAGGCGGCAGAGCUGCUGCACACGUGCGUGGCACCCCCUGCAGCACUCCCCUGGGGAGCAGGAUGCAGGGGCUCUUUGGUGGUAGGGGCUUUUUGGGGGUGGGGAGGCCGGGUCCCAUCUCAUAGAGCAGAGCAGCGCCUUGUAAAAUGUUCUCCAAACAAACAAAGCCAAAAAGGUAGUUUCCUGGAAUAGGAUUUAAAAAACAAUCAGGCAGACACAGAGAUCUGUGUUUAUUUUGCUGCACUGACUGACACAACAGAAAGCAAACAGACCGAAUUAGAAAUUAAAUCCAAAUGGGAACAGGGGGAGGAAGUGGGCUGAAAGUCAUCCCCAGCCCUUGCUGGGCCCGAGGAGGCAGUCCGGCACAGCCUGGCACCCCAUUAGCUCUUUGUUGGUGCCCCACUCCCCACAUUGCUAGGUAGGUAGGUAGAGCUAGGACUUUUGUACUACUGAUUUUUUUGAAGGACAGUUUUCAAUGUGUAAUAAUAUAUCGGUUUAGGUGUGCAGUGUUUGAAAGAGAGACUGGGAGAAAGAAAGAAAACGAACCUCAAUCAAUAUCAUUGUUUUUUUUUGUUGUUGUAAGAUACUGUAACCUUGUAUAAACGCAACCAUUUCUUUGUUUUCCUUUAGCUUAAAGGCCUGGGGUGGAACGUAUUAAAAAUAAAUAAUUAAAAAAAAAAUUAAAAAGUUUUUAAAAGUUCAGGAAAAAAAAAGAAAGAAUAAAAAACUCCUUACAAACAUUGCCACGUGAGGUUUGUGCCAUGCAAUGUUAAUGCCUGUGCAGCCGUGUAUCAGCAAUUCAUUACAGUGGAACAUUAAAAUAAGAACGAACACACUUUGCAGCUUGGUUCUUUCCAUAUUUUGUUUUUUUUUUCCAAGUAAGUUAUUGCACUUGCAGCUUCUUUCCUUCUUGUUUGUUUGGGGGGAGGGCUGGGAUUUCUGGGCACUAAUUUUUAUUUCUCCAGUUUUUUUAAAGGGGUGCAAUUGCUGGGAAGGCCCCCCCUGCCCCCGAGCCGCCGUGGCCGCGGAGGUACAAGCACUGUUGUUGUUGUUUUGGUUUGCAAUAAACUCCUUCUCUUCUCUCCUCUCAA